UAAAUCAGAAACACCUGAUAUUGUUGCCUAUAUAAAUGCAUGGAUGUUUACAAACACUUACAUACAAACAGUAAUCACUAUUUUUCUCCUUUCUCUCCAUUGUUGUGGUGUGGAUCACGUUGUAGCUAUGGAAUCAAUUUCUCUUCCAGUGCCCUCUGUCCAGGAGUUAGAAAAAGAGGCUUUCUUCACCAAAGUUCCAGAGCGUUAUGUUCGUUCGAAUCUUGAACGUCCCACAUUAUCCCCCACCACUCCUUUACCUGAAGUUCCUGUGAUUAACUUUGCCAAUUUUUUGUCUCAAGAUCUCAAAGACUCUGAGCUCAAGAAGCUAGAUUGUGCAUGCAAAGAGUGGGGCUUCUUUCAGUUGAUUAAUCAUGGAGUCAGCGAGUCAUUGCUAGAAGAUGUGAAGUUAGGUGCUGAAAAAUUCUUCAAACUUCCAAUGGAAGAGAAGAAUAAGUUUAGGCAGAAGGAAGAUGUGGAGGGAUAUGGUCAGAGCUUUGUUGUCCGUGAUAACCAGAAAUUGGAGUGGGCAGAUAUGUUUCUUAUGCACACUUUGCCAGCACGCCGAAGGAAACCUCACUUAUUCCCCAACAUUCCCUUACCAUUCAGGGAGGAUUUAGAGACCUACUUGGAAGAAGUGAAAAACCUUGCAAUCCACAUACUUGACCUUAUGGCCAAUGCUUUGACAAUAGACACCAAGGAAAUUAGGGAGCUAUUUGGUGAAGGAGAUCAAACAGUGAGGAUGAAUUAUUAUCCACCAUGUCCACAGCCAGAGCUUGUGAUGGGACUCAACCCUCAUUCUGAUAGUGGCGGCCUCACCAUUCUUCUCCAAGCCAAUGAAGUGGAAGGGCUUCAAAUAAAACAUGACGGAUUGUGGAUUCCAGUUAAACCCGUUACUAAUGCUUUCAUCAUCAACAUUGGAGACAUGUUGGAGAUAAUGACAAAUGGAAUUUAUAAAAGCAUCGAACACCGAGCAACUAUUAAUUCAGAAAAGGAGAGAAUUUCUAUAGCUGCAUUUUACUCCCCUGGUAUAAAGGAAAACAUAAGUCCAGCGUCAAGCCUAAUUACACCAAAUAAUCCAGCUGUUUUCAAAAGAGUUAAUGUAUUGGAAUACCACAAAGGAUACGUUGCACGCGAACUCCAAGGAAAAUCUUACCUCGAUAGCAUUAGGAUUGAGGAUCCAAAAUGAAAAGGAGAAAAGUUUAUGGAACUUCACAAUUGAUGAUGGGGUUUAGAAAAUUGAAGCACACAUUAGAGUUUGAUUAAGAGCUCAUUUGCAUAGCCACUUUUUCUAUUUUUCUGCUAAAAAUAAGUGUAUGAACAUGGAAUGUAGCCCCUGUCAUCAUAUAUCAAAUUUGUGUAUUUUUGUUAAAUAAAAGAGUGUUCAGAAAAAAAAUGGUUACAUA